AUGCGACAAAACCUCAAGGCUGACUUCGACUUGAAGUCGCACUCCGACUUGAAGUUGCACUUCGACUUGAAGUCAUACAUGCUUGAAGGGCUACAUGGGCUACUUUGCAUAGCGGAGGGCUGGGAACCUUCCGACCGAGACGUGCUGCUCUUGCGAGCCCUCGUGCUGGCUUUGUUGCUUCUGGCAUUCUUUUCAACUUGCUUUUACUGCCUGUUUCCGAUCGCUGUGUUCCGUGAUGGUCGGAACAUGUCUGACGAGCAAGAGAGACAGGUCGAGGUACGCUGCUGUUUGUCAACGGACAUCAACGUUGCUGACGUGAAACGAAUUUGCGAAGGCAGCCCCACGUGGUAUCAAUUUCUCCGCUUCACAUGGAUUAUGGGUCGUGCAGUGGCCAACUCGGGCUUGCUCUUCUACACUGUGUGGACACUGAGGCCGCUAGAGAAGAAGACUCCCUGGGACCUUGAAACUCAGCUCGUGACUUUUGGGGAGGGGAUUUGUGCUGGGGCGCUUCUUUCUGUCAUGCUUGCUUUGUUCCUACACUUCCUCUGUCGCGGAGAUACUUCAUCGUGCCUGAACGUGUGCGAGUUUGCCAUCCACGCAGGCAGAUUCUCAGCGCUGCAAAUGCUGCCACUUGGGAACCCAGCCGUGCUUUUGAGUCACCUGAAGAACUACUCCCGUGAUCGCAUUGUGCAACCGCUGAGAGCAAAGGGCACGCCAGCAGCCCUCGGGGCGGUGGUUGCGUAUUAUGCAAUUCUUGCAGUGACUGCAACCGCAUUGUUCAGCCUGGCGAUCAUGUCUGUCUGCGUCAAAGUUGCAAAGCUCAGGUUCAUUGCUGAAGGUGUUCCCUGGACACCAAGGAACUACAUUGACUUUGUACAAUUCGUGAAUGCCUUGGCAGGUUUGCGAGGAGAUAUUGAGCAGUCAAGGCUUCGCAUCAUCUUUGACGUAAUGGACGAAACGACCUACCGGGGCAGCUUCUUUCAAGAGAAGCUGGUGGACAAGCUGAGCUCUCUGCACGGUCGAUUUACAACUCUCGUCCUCUUCACAACUUUGUCCUCCAUUGACAGCGUUAACUUGAUGAGACGUGAGAGGCAAAUCUUGUCUCCAUCGCAUUGCUCACUGCCCUCUUAA